UCGAAAUACUGGCAUUACUUAUUCAUUAUUUUCAUUUUAUGAGUAGUAUUCAAUUCUUCGUCUUUAACCUCUGUCAACUGAAAUACGGAUAAACACCUUAUUAAUAAGAGUUUUAAAAUAUUGAAUAUGGACUCACAGUUUCCAAUUUAACAAGAAAACAAGUGGAUUGAUUUUGUUAGACUUAGUAAUGGCGUUCCUCAAGGAUCUUAUUUUAUUUACUGUUAUCUCUUUGGUUGUUGUGUCUCAUUCAUUGUUUGUAUUUGGAUUGAAAAAAUCAAGACACAAUAUUCAUCGAUAUGGAAAAUCUAAAGACGUUAGGACGACUUUUAGAAGAGAUAUGUCUUUGAGGUCGGCACGAGAGUUGUACACAUUUACGGAGGAUAAUGAUGGUAUUCGAUUAAAGAAAAAAGGCCACCAUAAGAGGAAGCCAGACAGGACAUCCAAGAGGCAAAACAUCGAAGUUUCUGAGGUGUUAAAAGAUCUUGCUGAGCUAGCAACAGCAGUGUCGGACGGGACAGGAAACACUUCGUUCACGACAACUGCUCCAGUAAACACUAAUGUUCCUAUAGUAUGGCCAAAUGCAACAGCUAUGCCAACAACUGCUAACCCUACGGAAACUGCCACUGAUAACCCUACGGGAACUGCCACAGCAAACCCCACCGGGAAUCCCACGGGAACACCAACUGGAACGCCGUCAGGUACCCCCACGAGUACAGAUUCUACCCUUACUGCAAUGCCUACCUCCGCUUCUACCACGACAGGCACUACCACGACAGCUACUACCCCUUCUUCUUCAACAGCCAGUGGUAAUGGAACCACAUCUACAACAACAGCACCAGUUACUACUUCAACAACUCCGGCUCCUGGUAAAACCACUAUUCCUGUAACAACCCAACCCACUACUAAGCCAACGCCAACGACGUCUACUCAAACAACUACAACUACUCCAUUUACUAUGAUGCCUGGAAAGGACCUUCUGCCUUGGAUAAAAAAGCUGUUGGAACAAGGAGGACUCGGAAGUACUGGCUUAACUGGUUUGCUUGGACAGGGAGGAAUAAGUCCAGGUGUAAUCAUUCCAGGUGUUACAGGUGGACAAACUGGCAUUCCAGGAAUAACUGGACAAACGGGCAUUCCAGGAAUAACUGGACAAACUGGGAUUCCUGGCAUAACUGGACAAACUGGAAUUCCUGGCAUAACCGGACAAACUGGAAUUCCUAGCAUACCUGAUAUUCUUGGUAUAUCUGGAGAAACCGGAAUUUCAGGACCUACUGGACAAGUUGUAGCUGCCGGUCAAGGUCUUACUGCUUUUCUAGGGCAAACCGGACUUGGUGGAGCAAUUGGAAAGGUUAUCCCCGAAAUAAAAAUAUCUCCAUCUGGCAUGAUAACCAUCCAUCACCAUCAAGUCUUACCUUCAGGGAUCCAUACAGUUAAAUUUCCUAGCACUAAAGUUCCUGGUGGGAUUUUGCCAGGUCUUGAUCCAAAGGCUCCUUGUAAGAAUAAAGUGCGUUACUGCAAACAGUGGGCAAAGCGAGGAGAGUGCCUUAAAAACCCUGCAUUUAUGUUGGCUAAUUGUAAGAAAAGCUGCACCUCUUGUGCAACGUGUUCCAACACCACUCCAAAGUGCAUUCAAUGGGCAAAGGCUGGAGAGUGUACCAGAAAUGUGCAGUUUAUGGAAGACAAAUGCUGGAAGAGCUGCUCUGAAUGUGCACCCUGUAUGAACAAACAUCCGCAAAAAUGUUUGUUGUGGGCAAAGAUGGGCGAAUGCCACAAGAAUCCAACAUUUAUGAUGAGAGAGUGUUGGAAAAGCUGCUCGGGUUGCGGGAAAUGCGAGAAUCACCUUCCCAUGUGUGUAGCCUUGGCCAAGCGUGGAAUGUGUCAAACGCAUCCAGGAGCAAUGUCAAUGCUUUGCUGGAGAAGUUGCUCUGGCUGUGCCCCUUGCGUCGAUCAUCGGCAAGAAUGUGAAGCUUGGGCCAACAAAGGAGAGUGUGUAAGAAACCCUGGCUUCAUGAACAAAAUCUGUUGGAGAAGCUGCUCUGCAUGUUGCGUUGAUAAGCACCUUAGCUGUAAACAGUGGGCCAAGGACGGGGAAUGUACCAAGAACUCGAGCUUCAUGAACCAUAACUGUAGAAAGUCCUGCAGAAAGUGCUGAACCUACAUAUACUAAUGCUUGUUAGAAUAAGCAUGAUGUGAUACAAACCAUAUCUAUUACCAUUUUGGCACAUAUCUUUAUUCUUUAACCAUUCCCUUCCUAGUACAAAUGUUCGUGUAGACAACCACAACUAGUUCAAACUCGUUAAUUUGUUCAUACAACUGUCUUUUACUAGCCAGUCGAUUUAUUAUUUUUAACUUUUUUCUGUUACAUUUUUGUGUUUUACCUUUUUUGUUUUUGUUUGUUUGUUUAGGUUUUUUGUUUUUGUUUUUAAUUUGUUGUUGUUGUCGUUGUCGUAUUUGUUUUAGAUUUUACCAUUUGUAUUUUCAUGGACCCCUUCCACGAAAUGCUUACGUAUUUACUGGGGAAUCUCGUCUCUGAUCUCUACUUCCUAUUGAUGGUUUUCAACCAUUCCCAAGAGAAUUAAAUAACAAAAGACACGGCGGCCAUGUUGGAGGAUAUAACAAAAUUAUUCAUUGACAAUUCUUUUGUUAAGUUCCUCCAACAUGGCCGCCGUGAAAACCAUCAAUAUAGCCGACAAAAUCAUCUCUCUUUCGCUAUAUUUUCCUAUUUACUUUCAAAAUAUUUCAAAAUUUCAUGUUAUCCUCUGAAAAGUUCAUGGGAUCACAGGGUUAACAUAAUAUCAGGCGGAAUGCGGAGCAAAGUUAUUUAAAAAAUCAUUUUUGUUAUGCUUGGACCUUCAUUGACUUACUGAAGUGUCUGCAUGUGGGGGAGGGGGACAGGCCUAGUUUUCUCAAACUUGUCACUUAUCUAAACCUGGUACCCAUCCUCUUCGCGCCUCACGGCACAUUUACACUUGACUCAUUUACAAAAACAGAAAUAAUCGUGAUUUGUGUUGGUAUGUAAAAUACAUAAGACAAAGAUAUCUCAUUAGCCAGAAACUACUGAAUGCAUCAGUCUUUACAUCGCUUACGACUAGUGCACCAAGAAUUCAGAUACAAUACCAACAUUUUUAAUAUUCAGCCAUCCAUCCCGAGGUUGAAAAAAAGUGGUUCGAGUUAGAGUGACCACAGUAAAUCCGUGAAACACUAAUUACUAAAUAGUACAAAAUAGUGCUAAUUAGACAAUAGAAAACAAUGGAAUUUGCAUGAAAUUGUGCUAUUUAGUAUUACUAAAGUUUCACGGAUUUACUGUGGCCACUCUAGUAUUGCAGAGCAUUUUGGGUCUGUGUUAGAGCACGAAAUAGACGCCAUCUUGGAAGUAUGUCAUCUAAAUAAGACCCUCAAUGCACUGCAAUGCCAACGGGCCGUACCUCCCCACUGAUUUAGUUUAAGAUGCGACAUUAAUUCCGUUUUUCUUCGACAUUCAAAUAUUGUUGCCUGCCUCGUCCUGUUUUAUGUUGUCGCAAGAUUCACUGUCAAACCCAAAAAAUUCGGCACCAAACGUACUUGUAAAAUAUGGCAAAAUAUAUUAAUAAAAACAUAUCGAUAUAUAUAUAUAUAUAUCAUGUAUA